AGCUCGUGCUGCAUAUCUUUCAGCUCAUGCUUGACUUCUGCACCUCGUGUUCAAGUUCUGCACUUCAUGCUCGGCCUCUGCAGCUCGUGGCUGACCUCGGUACUCAUGCUCGGCCUCUGCAGCUCGUGGCUGACCUCAGUAGUGAGUGUUUGAGCUCUACAGCUUGUGCUCAAGUUCUGCACUUCAUGCUUGACCUUGGCAGCAAGUGUUUGAGCUCGGAAGCUCGUGUUGACCUCGGCAGCUCAUGUUUGAGCUAUGCACUUCGUGCUCGACCUCUAAAGCUCAUGGCUAACCUCGGCUGUAAGUGUUUGAACUCUUCAGCUCAUGCUCAAGUUCUGCACUUCGUGCUCGACCUUGGCAUCAAGUGUUUGAGCUCUGCAGCUGGUGGUUGACCUCGGCAACUUGCAGCUCAUGGUCCAGCAUUUUGCACCUCGACAUUUCGCAGCUCGUGCUUCAGCAUCUCGCACCUCGGACUUGUGCAAUUUGUAACUUGGACUUCUGCAAUUCGUAGCUCGUGCUCGAGCAAGACAUUUGUAGCAGCUCGUGCUC